GUGAUUGCAGGUGCUCUGUAUUCAUCAGCAUGUCUCAGACUAACUGGGAAGCUGAUAAAAUGUUGGAUGUCUACAUCCAUGAUUAUCUAGUGAAAAGAGACUUGAAGGCUUCUGCUCAAGCUUUCCAAGCUGAAGGGAAGGUGUCUUCUGAUCCUGUUGCUAUUGAUGCACCGGGAGGUUUUCUAUUCGAAUGGUGGUCAGUUUUCUGGGAUAUAUUUAUUGCUAGGACCAAUGAAAAGCAUUCAGAGGUUGCUGCAUCUUACAUCGAGACACAGUUUAUUAAAGCAAGGGAGCAGCAGCAGCAGCAGCAACAACAACAACAACAACAACAGCAACAAUCCCAGCAGCCCCAACAUUCACAACAACAACAGCAACAGCAACACAUGCAAAUGCAACAGAUUAUGAUGCAAAGACAUCAGCAGCAACAACAACAACAACAGCAACAGCAACAGCAGCAGCAACAACAACAGCCACAGCAACAACAGCAGCCACAGCAGCAACAACAGACACAACAGAGAAGAGAUGGGGCCCAUCUGUUAAAUGGAAAUACAAACGGGCUUGUUGGAAAUGAUCCUCUUAUGCGACAAAAUCCUGGAACAGCAAAUGCUAUGGCUACCAAGAUGUACGAGGAAAGAUUAAAACUUCCCCAGAGAGAUUCUAUGGACGAUGCAUCUCUUAAGAGAUUUGGUGAGAAUGUGGGCCAGCUUUUGGAUCAAAAUCAUGCUUCAUUAUUAAAGUCAGCUGCAGCAGCUGGUCAGCCUUCAGGGCAAGUUUUGCAUGGUUCAGCCGGUGGGAUGACUCAACAAGUCCAAGCUCGAAAUCAGCAACUGCCAGGAUCUACGCCAGAUAUAAAGACAGAAAUUAAUCCUAUAUUAAAUCCAAGAGCUCCUGAGGGAUCAUUGAUCGGAAUUCCAGGGUCUAAUCAGGGUGGGAACAAUCUAACUCUAAAAGGAUGGCCACUCACAGGUCUGGAUCAACUUCGUUCUGGACUUCUUCAGCAACAAAAACCUUUUAUGCAAGCUCCCCAGCCUUUUCAUCAGCUUCAGAUGCUGACACCACAACACCAGCAACAACUUAUGCUUGCCCAGCAAAAUUUGACAUCGCCAUCUGCUAGUGAUGAUAGUAGAAGACUAAGAAUGUUAUUGAAUAAUCGAAGUAUGGGGAUUGGGAAGGAUGGCCUUUCGAAUUCUGUUGGCGAUGUAGUGCCAAAUGUAGGAUCGCCUCUUCAAGCUGCUUCUAUGAUGGCUCGUGGAGAUACUGAUAUACUGAUGAAGUUAAAAAUGGCUCAGCUACAGCAACAGCAGAAUAGUAACCCACAACAACAGCUUCAGCAGCAUGCUCUUUCUGCACAGCAGUUGCAAAGUUCAAAUCAUAAUCCUCAUCAGCAAGAUAAAAUGGGGGGUGGUGGCAGCAUCACAAUGGAUGCUAGCAUGUCUAACUCUUUUCGAGGAAAUGAUCAGGUUUCAAAAAACCAGCCUGGGAGAAAGAGAAAGCAGCCAGUGUCAUCUUCAGGCCCUGCCAAUAGCACGGGAACAGCAAACACAACUGGACCUUCCCCGAGUUCAGCCCCUUCAACUCCUUCAACCCACACUCCUGGUGAUGUAAUAUCAAUGCCUGCCUUACCCCAUAGUGGUGGAUCCUCUAAGCCUCUGAUGAUGUUUGGUGCUGAUGGUACUGGUACGCUUACCUCACCCUCAAAUCCACUGUGGGAUGAUAAAGAUCUUGAAUUGCAGGCUGAUAUGGAUCGUUUUGUGGAGGACGGAUCUCUUGAUGAUAAUGUGGAGUCUUUUUUAUCUCAUGAUGAUGGAGACCCUAGAGAUGCUGUUGGUCGAUGUAUGGAUGUCAGCAAAGGGUUCACAUUUACGGAAGUAAACUCUGUUAGAGCAAGCCCAAGCAAAGUUACUAGUUGUCACUUCUCAUCGGAUGGAAAACUUCUUACUAGUGGUGGCCAUGAUAAAAAGGCUGUAUUAUGGUACACUGAUACUUUGAAGCCAAAGUCUACACUUGAAGAGCAUUCAGCUUUGAUAACUGAUGUACGGUUCAGUCCAAGCAUGCCACGUCUUGCAACAUCUUCUUUUGACAAAACUGUCAGAGUCUGGGAUGCUGAUAAUCCUGGUUAUUCACUUCGCACCUUCAUGGGACAUAAUGCGUCAGUGAUGUCAGUAGAUUUCCACCCGAAUAAGGACGACCUUAUCUGUUCUUGUGAUGGGGAUGGUGAGAUUCGCUACUGGAGUAUUAACAAUGGCAGCUGUGCAAGAGUGUUCAAGGGUGGGACGACUCAGGUGAGAUUCCAACCUCGCCUUGGAAGAUAUCUUGCUGCAGCAGCAGAGAAUGUUGUAUCUAUACUGGAUGUGGAGACACAGGCUUGUCGGCAUUCAUUACAGGGACAUACAAAGCCAAUUAAGUCUGUGUGCUGGGAUCCGUCUGGUGAGUUCCUUGCAUCCGUGAGUGAGGACUCGGUCAGAGUUUGGACUUUCGGAUCAGGAAAUGAAGGGGAGUGUGUUCAUGAAUUGAGCUGUAAUGGCAAUAAAUUUCAUUCCUGUGUCUUCCAUCCAACAUAUACUUCACUGCUGGUCAUUGGUUGUUACCAGUCUUUGGAGCUAUGGAACAUGACAGAGGGCAAGACUAUGACUCUAUCAGCACACGAAGGUCUUAUUGCUUCGUUGGCUGUGUCAACUGUAACAGGUUUGGUUGCUUCGGCUAGUCAUGAUAAGUGGGUUAAGCUUUGGAAGUGAAAUGAUUUUUUGUCAAGGAAAUGUUGAUACACUGAUUAACUGCACUUUGCAAUUUAGGAUUAGUUUUCUACUGAUCAUGAUCCAAUGCUCGUAGUUUGUGUCUUUUGAUUGCUUGAUUAAUCACCAUCCUUUGCCUUGGAUCUUGAACGAUUCCACAUGACCCUCUGACCUUGUACAAUUAUUGUUGUAUGGUAUUACUGUAAUAGUAUAACUGUAUAACGUUGAGAUCCUGAUCAUCCUUCACGGACCUCUUGUAACGGUCCAAACAAUUUUAUAUAAAUCUUAUGCUUCCACUCUUUGGGUUUCAUUGAGUUUUAAAACUAUUGAAUUCAGAAAUUCAGGUUUCUUUCUGACUUACC